AUGGCUACCCAACAGGAUGCUGACGCCCCUUCAAGUCGUGCCCCCGGCGGCGGUGGCGGCGGCGCCGUGCCUGUCGCCACAACCACAGGUGCCUCAACACCCAAGCUAGAUCGCUCCUCGUCGUCAUCGACCCCAGACGAAAAAGCCGAUGCGCCCUCGGAUGCAAACGAAGGCGGCCUUCCCUUCCGCGACAAAGCUGCGUACGAGAAGAUUUUGAUACAGAAGGCGAUAACUCGCGAUAACAUCAAUGCUGCCGCCGUAAUCGAGUCUGGUAAAAAGACAACCAAGCUCAAUAGCACCACCUAUCAUAAGAUAGGAGACUACAAGAUGUUACGCACCGAGUACCGACCCUGGUUCCCACCCUCGAGGCUGUACGGCGAGGGCUACAGCGGCUAUGGGAACGGGCGGACCGAGAAUGGCCCGUCUUCACGGCUGGUGUAUCCUAUGAAUAGGCCCAAGCCCGGCAAACGACAAACACCGCCUCUCAAAUGGAAAAGGAAAGACAUGAAACAACAGGCCGAGCAGCACGAGGAACUCGUACCCGUGCGACUAGAUGUCGAUUAUGAUAAGAUCAAACUACGCGACACCUUUACGUGGAAUCUUCAUGAGAGAUUGGUUCGCCCUGACCUGUUUGCUGUGCAUCUGAUCGAGGAUAUGGGGCUAAAACCUCCCAUGGCGCAACCUGUCUAUGAGGAGGUUUUAAAGCAGCUCCAUGAACAGCUCAACGACUUCUAUCCAUUUGUCUUCUCAGACGAAGAUGCUUUAGACCCAGAGUUACCAUAUUCCGCCUGGAAGAACGAUGAAAUGCGGAUCUUAGUCAAGCUCAACAUUACCAUUGGACAGCACACUCUGGUCGACCAGUUUGAGUGGGAAAUUAACAACCCGCUCAAUUCGCCCGAGGAGUUCGCUGCAAGCAUGUCAAAGGAUCUGGCUCUAUCCGGAGAGUUUACAACUGCCAUAGCUCACUGUAUCCGAGAGCAGACACACUUAUUUACGAGAAGUCUGUAUAGCGUUGGACAUCCCUUUGACGGCCGUCCAAUCGAAGAUCCAGACCUUGUGGCAGCUUUUCUCCCAUCGCCUCUACCUAAUGUUUUCCGCCCGCAACAACAGGCCAAAGACUAUUCACCUUAUCUAUAUGAGCUAAGCGAAGCCGACUUAGAGAGGAAUGAACUCGUAUUUUCACGAGAGCAGAGGCGGCAAAAGAGGUCUAUCAACAGACGUGGCGGACCCACACUCCCAGACCUGAAAGAACGCCAGAGGACAAUACGUACUCUCGUUGUAUCGUCAACUCUGCCUGGUGCAGUAACCGAUGUCGAAGACAGCAGGCUUUAUAAGCGUGUAGCAGGCGCUCCGGGAACAGGCCGCAGGAGAGGACAAGGUGGUCGUGAUGGAGAUAUGUCAGAUUCCGACGAGAGUGACGACUCAUCACCCGACUCUCCAGCAGCUUCAGCAUUGGCCGGUACAGCAAGGACGAGGGGCAUGCGAGGCGCUGCUUCAGCAGCUCAGCAACGUAUGGCCAAUAUUGGCCGGUCCGAAACACCAGAGGCCACGAUCCACCAUCACGAAACCCGAACAUCUAGGAGGUUUGGCCGUGAAGUGACACGUGAGGCGACAGAAGAACCGCAGCACUUCUUCGUGACACUGAGAGUCUCGAAAGAGAAGCUACGCAAACUACUCAGGGAUUCCAAAUUAAAACAAAACACGCCAGCUGGUUCUGUUACGCCUUCACAACCUCAUAGUCGCGCCCUUAGCGCUUCCGUCUCCAACAGUAUGCCUCCGCCAUCUACUCCAAGCGCAGCAACGCCAGCAGCCCCUAUGCGAACACCCUCCAAUGGGAUGCCCCCUGUUCAGAUUGGUCGAGUAGAUGCGCCCCCUCAAAAACCGGGUGAGCCUCAGCCGACUCCUCCUCCUCCUCCAGCAUGGCUUGUUAGUGCUCUAGAACAGUUUAAGCAGGAAGACGCGUACAAAAACGAUCAGUUCGAGGGCAUCAUGCGCUACACCGCUGUGGACACCAAUACCGGUGCGCCCUAUCCUAUUUCUCAGAACGGUCAGCCUGUACCUCCUCACGUUCAAUUCUACUUCUUCCCCAGGAUACGGUGUCUGGACUGCCCUGGAAAACUGUACACCCCGGGUCCAGACACAUCAGCGUCGAAUUUUGAGGUGCACUUGAAGAAUAGGAACCACAGGGAGAGAGUCGAAGCUCGACUUGCACUUGCGAAGUGA